AUGGCUCCUCCAGCCCAACUCCCUCUUCGACAGCUCACCAAGGGUGGCCCCAAGAUCCCAUCUAUUGGUCUUGGUCUUAUGGGAAUCAGCGUCGGAUACGGAGCAGCCACAUCUGAUGAAGAACGCCUCAAACUCCUCGAACGUGCAUGGGAACUUGGCUGUACCAAUUGGGACACAGCUGACAUCUACGGCGACAGUGAAGAUGUCAUAGGCAAAUGGUUCAAGCUUCACCCCGAACGGCGUCAGGAUAUCUUCCUUGCGACCAAAUUUGGGCUGAAGGGGGGUGAGAAAGGGAUCGUUACUGAUUCGUCGCCUGAGCAUGUGAGGAAGAGUAUUGAGAGCAGCUUGAAGAGGCUUGGUGUUGAGCACAUUGAUCUGUACUACAUGCAUCGUGCAAAAGAGGAUGUGCCUAUUGAGAAGACUGUGGAAGCCAUGAAGCAAUUGGUCGAUGAGGGAAAGGUCAAGUACUUGGGCCUCUCAGAGAUCUCGUCUACCACUCUCCGCCGAGCCCACGCCAUCCAUCCCAUCUCAGCAGUACAAGUCGAGUACAACCCCUGGACACUCGACAUCGAAGGGGCUUCAGGAACAAACCUUCUCAAGGCUUGCGAAGAGCUAGACGUGGCGGUGUUUGCCUACUCACCCCUUGGUCGCGGUAUCUUGACUGGCCGUUUCCGCUCUGUCGAAGACUUCGAAGAGACAGAUACCCGAAGAAACCUUACGCGGUUCCAGGGUGACAACUUCAAAAAGAACUUGAAGAUUGUGGACCAGUUCAAUGAGUUGGCCAAGAAGAAGGGAUUUACAUCCUCGCAGCUGGUCCUGGCUUGGAUCUUGGAGCAGAGCCCCAACAUGUUUGUCAUUCCUGGCACGAAGAACAUCAAGUAUCUCGAAGAGAACGUGGGAGCAGCAAAGGUGACGCUGAGUAAGGAGGAGAAUCAAGAGUUGAGGAAAUUGGCUGUUGAGGCCGGGGUCGUUGGAGGGCGGGACCCCUUCUUUGGCUGCUUCGCUGAUACAGCUCCUCCGGAGAAGUGA